AUGUCUGCAGUAGAUCAGGUGUCCACCAACAUGAAUGACUACCGCAAGCUCUCCAUGCAGUGUAAGGACUUUGUGGUGGGGGUGUUGGACCUGUGCCGGAACACUGAGGAAGUGGAAGCCAUAUUGAAUGGAGAUGUGGACCUGUGCCCUCCCACUGCCUACAAUAGACCCUGCCUCAGCCGCGUCAAACUGGCAAUCAAGUACGAGGUGAAAAAGUUUGUGGCCCAUCCAAACUGCCAGCAGCAGCUGCUCACUAUCUGGUACGAGAACCUGCCUGGCCUGAGGCAACAGUCUGUUGGGGUGAAGUGCUGGACUGUCCUGGGAGUCGCUGUGGGGCUGCCCUUUCUGGCUAUUGCCUACUGGAUUGUGCCAUGCAGCAAGCUCGGUCAGAUCUUGCGCAGUCCCUUCAUGAAGUUCGUUGCUCAUGCCGUCUCUUUCACCAUCUUCUUGGGUCUGCUGGUGAUCAACGCCUCGGACCGUUUCGAGGGAGUCAAGAACCUGCCCAACGAGACCAUCACGGACCACCCCCGCCAAGUUUUCAGGGUCAAGACCACACAGUUCUCCUGGACAGAGAUGCUCAUCAUGAAGUGGGUCCUAGGAAUGAUCUGGUCUGAGUGUAAGGAGAUCUGGAGCGAUGGGCCCAGGGAGUAUGUGUAUCACCUCUGGAACGUCCUGGACUUUGGGAUGCUCUCCAUCUUUGCUGCAUCGUUCACCGCACGAUUCAUGGCUUUCCUCAAGGCGACCAAAGCUCAACAGUAUGUGGACUUGCACGUGCCGGACGAGGACCUCAGCAACGCCUCACUACCGGAGGAAGUGGCCUAUUUCACUUUUGCCAGGAACAAGUGGCGCCCUUCCGACCCGCAGAUCAUCUCUGAGGGCCUGUACGCCAUCGCCGUGGUGCUGAGCUUCUCACGUAUUGCCUACAUCCUGCCGGCCAACGAGAGCUUCGGGCCGCUGCAGAUCUCCCUGGGCCGCACGGUCAAAGACAUCUUCAAGUUCAUGGUCAUUUUCAUCAUGGUGUUUGUGGCCUUUAUGAUCGGGAUGUUCAACUUGUACUCCUACUACCUGGGAGCCAAGUACAACCCUGCCUUUACCACAUUGUCCGCUCGCAGGGCGCGCGUGGACUCCGAGGACAACGGAGUCCAGUUCUGCAGUGUGAACCUCAACACGGGAGAGCUGCUUGUUCAGGAGAGGAUUGACAGAGAGGGCCUUUGUGCGAAGAAGACUUCAUGUAUUCUGAAACAGGAGCUUGUGCUGGAAAACCCUUUAGAGCUGCAUCGCUUUACCAUCCGCGUGCAAGACAUCAACGAUAACGCACCUCAAUUUAAAGAAGACAGGCUUAAAUUUGAAAUAAUGAAGGAUAACGGACAGAAUCCUCUCUCUGCCACCUGCUCCAUGUAUUUACUGAUCUCUGAUAACUUGGCUGAAGUGCCUGAACUCAAGGACAUUUCUUAUGAUGAGAGGGACUCAAAGCUGACAUCCUAUCUGAUCAUUGCCCUGGUGUCAGUGUCCACAUUUUUCCUCACCUUCAUCAUUAUUGUCCUGGGUGUGAGGUUCUGUCGCAGGAGGAAGCCCAGACUGUUGUUUGAUGGAGCAGUUGCAAUCCCCAGUGGUUAUCUGCCUCCUAAUUAUGCAGAUGUUGACGGCACAGGAACUUUACGCAGCACUUACAACUAUGAUGGAUACAUGACAACUGGAUCCAGGACAAGUGACUUUAAGUUUGUCUCGUCCUACAAUGACAACACGCUGCCUGCAGAGCAGACGCUGAGGAAAAGCCCCACUGACUUUUCUGACGUCUUUGGGGACUCUGACCACUCUCCUGAGAGCAAUAGCCAGGCUGAAGCUGCCACUGCCGAACAUGAUUAUGCGGCACAUCCACCCCCAGGUGCGCUUGAUAAAGCCCUUGAGACGAUCAAGGAGUUGGAAGCCAGGCUGGAGAAGAUGGAUUUGGUUGCAGUGGGAAUGAAGCAGCAGCUCAUUGCUGACAUGUUUAAAGUGAGCAUUUCUACUGUCAGCCGAGUGACCAUCACAUGGGCCAACUACCUUUUCAUUGUGUUCUCGUCAAUUAACAUGUGGAUUAGUCGGGAGAAGGUGAAAGCCAGCAUGCCUCAAAGAUUUGUGAAGCGCUCUCCAAAUGUGCGUGUCAUCCUGGACUGCACAGAAGUUGCUUUAGAGGGGGCAUCAUCACUAACUUUACAGUCUGAAACCUUCUCUGCGUACAAGAACCGCACCACUCUGAAAGGGCUGAUCGGAGUUGCUCCCAAUGGAUUGGUGACGUUUAUAUCACAGCUGUACACUGGCUGCAUCUCCGACAAAGAGAUCACUAAAAUCAGUGGAAUUCUUCCGCUGCUGGAGCCAGGAGAUGAAGUCAUGGCAGAUAAGGGCUUCCUCAUUCAAGACCUCCUUGAUGAAGUUGGGGCCAAACUCACAAUGCCACCUUUUCGACAUCCUGAGGUGGGCAUCAUUAAUGUCCAGGACAGAGACUCAGAGAACAACAGACAGGUCCACUGCUCCCUUCAGACUGGGGUCCCUUUCAACGGAGAGAUCAGGACCCAGCGGGACAUCUCUGAAUCUGACAGCAUGAAACAGAACCUUAUUGUGGCAGUGAAGGAUAACGGACAGACUCCUCUCUCUGCCACCUGCUCCAUGUAUUUACUGAUCUCUGAUAACUUGGCUGAAGUGCCUGAACUCAAGGACAUUUCUUAUGAUGAGAGGGACUCAAAGCUGACAUCCUAUCUGAUCAUUGCCCUGGUGUCAGUGUCCACAUUUUUCCUCACCUUCAUCAUUAUUGUCCUGGGUGUGAGGUUCUGUCGCAGGAGGAAGCCCAGACUGUUGUUUGAUGGAGCAGUUGCAAUCCCCAGCGGUUAUCUGCCUCCUAAUUAUGCAGAUGUUGACGGUACAGGAACUUUAGGCAGCACUUACAACUAUGAUGGAUACAUGACAACUGGAUCCAGGACAAGUGACUUUAAGUUUGUCUCGUCCUACAAUGACAACACGCUGCCUGCAGAGCAGACGCUGAGGAAAAGCCCCACUGACUUUUCUGAUGUCUUUGGGGACUCUGACCACUCUCCUGAGGUAGGCUUAUUCCAUUAA